AUGACGACUUACGAGAGGGCACCGAAGCCUGACAAAGGCACCUUCGUGUGCUUCGACCACAUUCGAUUCAUCGUUGGUAAUGCUAAGCAGGCAGCCUACUGGUACUGCGCAAACUUCGGCUUCGAGCCAUUUGCCUACCGUGGACUGGAAACAGGAAGUCGUCACGUGGCUCAACACGCCGUGAAGCAGAACAAGAUUAUCUUUGUGUUCGAGUCUGCGCUGCUCCCAGGCAACAAAGAAAUUGGCGACCACCUCGUCAAACACGGAGAUGGCGUGAAGGACGUGUGUUUCGAGGUGGAUGACGUCGCGUUAGUCGUAGAGCAUGCGAAGAAGGUUGGCGCAUCCAUUGUGAAGGAUGUAACUGAGGAUUCCGAUGAGCAUGGGACUAUCAAGUACGCAGUGGUGAAAACGUACGGGGACACAAUCCACACCCUUCUGGAAAGGAAAAAUUACAAAGGGUUGUUCCUGCCGGGAUUCAAAUCACACCCACUCGGCAAAACGUUCUUCCAAAGUCUGCCUAGGACUGGAUUGAACUUUGUCGACCAUUGCGUUGGAAACCAGCCAGACCUUGAGAUGAACUCGGCCGUCGAAUGGUACGAAAAAGUGCUGUGCUUCCAUCGGUUUUGGUCCGUGGAUGAUUCGAUGAUCCACACGGAAUACUCAGCACUGCGAUCAAUUGUCGUCACGAAUCACGAGGAGACAAUCAAAAUGCCAAUCAAUGAACCCGCAAUGGGCAAGAAGGCAGUUUCGCAAAUUCAAGAGUACGUGGAUUACUACGGUGGCGCCGGAGUGCAGCACAUCGCUCUCAACACAAGCGAUAUCAUCGCAGCUAUCCAGGCUCUUAGAGCUCGAGGCGUUGAAUUUCUGAGCAUUCCGAAGAGCUACUACGACAACUUAAGGGCUCGUUUACAGGAGGGCAACGUCAAGGUUGCUGAGGACAUGGAUCAGCUACAGAAGCUGCACAUUUUGGUGGACUUCGACGAGAACGGUUACCUCUUACAGAUUUUCAGCAAACCAUGUGAGGAUCGACCGACAUUGUUCCUUGAAAUUAUACAACGACACAAUCAUCAGGGUUUCGGCGCUGGUAACUUUAAGGCGUUGUUCGAAUCGAUUGAGUUGGAGCAGAACGAACGCGGAAAUCUAUUCUACGAAGAUGUUGUGACCGGUGGAAAGAAAUUAUAA